CAAUUGUUUAUUUAAGGUUUCUAAUGCGGGGGUACAACACACCAAAUUCAGGAACCUGUCACCUCGCUCUGUACCUCCGCCAUCAUCGCAUCCUGAUCUUCAUCUCACUGUGCUCUAUUCCAAAGCAGGCCCCAAUCAACACCAGCAACAAACAUUGCAAAGCACGAUAAUCUUAAUCCAUGCUCAGAACCACCUCAAGAACUGUGCGGGUUUCUGGAGUAGUCCUCACAGUGCUCUUGACACUCUUCCUCCUAGGGACUGUCUUCCAUCGUCCCUCCCUCGAUCGACGCACAAAGAGGCUUCGUGUCGAGGAACCAGUCGUAGUCAUCUUGGUGCACCCCUCUCCGUCCUUAAGUAAAGCCACCAAUUUUGAACUCAAGCGGGCCAUUGCCAGGACGUGGGCCAAGGAUGCUGAAGAUGUUGGUGCGAGCGUCUUCUUUGUAGGUGAGCACGAGGGUGAAACUGUCAUGCGAAGACCAAGCGAAUUUCAGGGAAGGGCUCACUCGCCGUCUUCCAGAUUUGGGCCGGGAACACACCCCGCAAAUGCUGGCGUCGGUGCUGGUGCCGGUACUGGUGGAGCUGGCUAUUCCAAAGAAGACUCAAUGCGCAAGAUGCUGAUUCCGUCCGUGCUCGAGAACGGACAGGCGGAUAAUCCCUCAGGGCUGCUGAAGGCCUAUCAUUUUUUGUACAACAACACCAAUUGGUUUGCAGGACCCAUCUUCCAGACCUACCCUUUUAUUCUUACGACCGACACCACCCACUACAUCCAUGUCGAGAAUUUGGUCUCCACUUUGCUGUCGUCGAAACCACGACGACUCUUGACUAUGAAGGACGACUUGGCAUUCUCAGGAUUGGUGUCUGAGGCCUCUGAAUGCAGCGCAGACGAUUAUGGUGACAAAGCACCACUCCAAAGCACGGGUGAGAAUAAUAAUAUCGACAACGACAGCAUGGGAUCGCCUGUUCACAGCCACUGGACUCUCUCAAGAACUCACUUGGUCACGAAGCAGCUCGUCGCCAUGCUUGGACCGCACUUACGACAUUGUAUCAAGGCUGCGGCCACCUCGUUUAUGGAUUCAGGCGAAGCUUUUCAAGACUGUGUCAAGGAGUGGGCGUCCCAUCCAUUGUUCUGGAAAGAUGGUUAUUGUGGUCGUCUUGCCGCUCGCCGCUACCAAGCUCCAGCUCCUGGAUCUAACCUCAAAUCAUCAUCCUCCACUCCCGACUCUGUCAGAAACGAGCGGAGUGGCUCUCCGCCAACGCCCCAAGAAUUCGAAGAGUUUUACCUCAUGAAGCAGGAAGAGCGGGCGAUGGAGCACCUAAACGAGGAUGGUGGAAAAAAGGCUGGUCGAGAAGCCGUAGCCGCUGCAGCCGAGAGCGAAGAAAGGUUGUUGCGGCCAAGAGGCGAUAACCAGGAAAAAGAGAGUUCACGACGGCUGUUGCAGCAACUGACGUCGUCGUCCUCAGGAUCGUCUGCGCGCUGGAUUGUAGCGUCAGGUCUAACCCAACCUGAGGAUUUCACUUUGGUCUACCAGAGCCUGGUUGACCGCGAGGAGGAGGAGGAAGACUAUGUGGAGGACCUUGACUACUAAGGGGUUUCCUUUUGGACAAGUAUGUAUUGUCCUACAACCAAGAGUUUUGGAAUCCAGCAACUUGUUCCUCUGCUCUUUGUAAUAGCUGUAUUUUCUUUGAUGGACCUUGGCAAUUGAAGAAGGAUGGCUGCCUUGAAAUGAUUCGUCCCUAUACUUUCUUCAUUAGCCUCUCUCGGUUAAGAAGACAAUGCGACAGAGACAAAAGAUGCGCCAAACGGAAUGCUCAACAAGCAGGGUCCAUGUUGUAUGUAUG